AGCGAGAAUCGCUUGCACAUGCAAACGCUUUUUGCAAAAUAUCGCACCGUACUUUUUCCCGUUCCUCAGUGGUUCUGUUGCUCUUGUUGUUGUUGUUGUCGUUGUUGUUUUUUUUUGCUCGUUUUUCGAUUGUUUGUAGAUUCCUUUGUCUGGUCCGUCGUUUUGGUCUAAAUUGAAUUUUUGUCGCCUAGCUUCGCAUACUUACAUUUUACACUUGACGCAUCUAUAUUACUCAUAUGCCAUCGGUGAUUGGCAUACACAACAUACACACACACACACAUAAAGUACGCGAGACGAUCAGAAUGUCAGGCAUCGACACCGAGAAAUUCAUCGUAGACAUCUAUAACAAGCCAAUUAUAUGGAAUCGAAACUGUGGAAGCAACAAAUCGCUCACCGAAUCAACGUGGGACAGUCUGUCAAAGACAUUUGGCGCUUCAAUUCCUGUGUUGAAAGCCAAAUGGAAGGGCCUGAGAGACAUGUUUCGUGUUGAAAUUAAGCGCAUUCCACGUAAUGACGCCGGCGACCCGCUAAUUCAGCCUGAAGAUUUCGAAUCAAAAUGGACACACUAUCGAUCUCUUUUGUUCUUAGCCGAUCACAUGCGUUCCCGAAAUUCCAAAUCAAUGGAUGCAGCUCAAAAACUCGACGUAUACGAUUCAUAUUCAUAUGUUACCGCCGACUAUAAUGUAAUCGAACGCGGAGCGGAUGUACAAGAGGUGCAAUCCAUCAAACAGGAAGCAUUUGAUGUUACCAAAAAAAACCAGCACAAGCGAAAAAACUCCGAAUCGCCGACACCAGAAAGUGUGGUGGCCAAUUUGUUGCAGUCACCGGAGGCGCAAACCAAUUCCAAAAAGCGAAUUCUCAGCUCAACGCCAAUGGAUUUGUUGACGGUGGGUGACGCAUCAGAAAUCGGUGACCGAAUUAUGAACGAUGAUUAUCAUUUUUUGUUAAGUUUGCAGCCAUUUAUGGCCGAACUAAGUCCAAUCCAAAAAUUACGCUUAAGAAUGAAGAUUCAAAAAUUAGUUUUCGAAGAAUUGUAUGCCAAUGAAAAUCUAUUAUAAUAUAUGUAUACACAGUACAUAGUUGAUAGCUAUGUCAAUCGACGUACCAUUUAGCCCGUCGUAUGUGGAAAGAACGUAUGCGAACCGUACAAAACCAGAAAGAUAGAAUUAAAACAAAAUAAAAAAGAAGAAAACGAGAGAAAAAAAACCUACCAUGUAACACGAUAUGCAUAAUAUACGAUAGCGAGACAAAGACAGAAAGAUAACAGGUGAACUCUGAGAGCACCAAAUCGAAGUGCUUCACAUUUAUUACUGCCGUUGUGAAUUGAUGUCUAUAGAUUGAUUUAUGAAGAAUAAGAAAAAGAAGAAGAAGAAAAAAAGUGUUCAGAUCGUUUCUUUUUUCUUGGUGAUUUUAAUUAUACAUAAGUGAAUCAACCAGUCGAAGAAACGACACACGCAACCAUAUUCAUGCAACCAAUAAAUCGCGCAUCGUUCUUUCCACCAAAUAAUUUUCCAAAAAAUUACAAAACCGAACUCACGAGAACAAGACAAAAGUAGAGAAGAGAAAAGAAAAGCAACAACAACAGAGAGAAUAAUGUUGUGACUUUAUAGUGAUUACCCCAAAAUCCGAUUAGAUAGACGGUAAGCAUUUUUCGAUGAAUCAUUAAAUUAAUGUAGCAUUAGUCGCUUAGCUGCAGGGACUGGUAAUCAAAUAAUAAUAAUCGAAAAUAGUUUUUUACCAAAUGAGUUUCUCAUCGCGCGGUAAAAAUCGGUAUUUUUUUGUUCGUGAACCUUGGAAUAAGAAUCAUUUAUUAUAAUUUUCAAAAUAGUCGACAAAGUGGUAUCUAUAUCGAGAGCUGCAGGAGACACAUGCAAAAGAAGAAAAUUAUGAUAAAUAAAUAAACGAAUUUUUUUAUGAAUUA